AUGGGUUUCUUGAAGGGCCUGUCGCAGAAGAAGCCCAAGAGCGAGGUUGUCGCCCAAGCUCAGGAAGAGGCUCCCGAAUUUGAGAGGGUCAACUGGAUGAAGGACCCCGGUCUGCGAAAACUAUACUUUUACGCAAUCGUUCUUUGUAUUGCCUCCGCAACCACCGGUUACGAUGGCUCGUUCUUCAACUCCGUCCAGAACUUCGACUCGUGGGAGGAAUUCUUCGACCACCCCAAGGGAGGUCAGCUCGGUCUUCUCAGUGCCUUCUACCAGAUUGGCAGUUUGAUCUCUAUUCCCAUAGUUCCUUGGGUGGCAGACAACUAUGGGAGAAGGAUUCCUAUCAUCUUUGGCUGCGUAAUCAUGGUCGCUGGCGCCAUCCUGCAGGGCGCCUGCCAGAACUUGGGCAUGUUCAUGGGUGGCCGCGUCCUCCUCGGUUUCGGUAACUCUUUUGCCCAAAUCGCCUCCCCGAUGUUGCUCGCCGAACUGUGCCAUCCGCAACAUCGUGCUCGCCUGACGACGGUCUACAACUGUCUGUGGAACGUCGGUGCACUUGUCGUCGCUUGGCUCUCUUUCGGAACCGACUUCCUGGGCAACGAGUGGUCCUGGCGUAUCCCCGCCAUUGGUCAGGCUGUGCCCUCCGUCAUCCAACUCCUUUUCAUUUUCUGGGUACCCGAGUCCCCUCGUUUCCUCAUCGCCAAAGACCGUCACGAUGAGGCCCUCCAGAUUCUGGGCAAGUACCACGCCAACGGUAACACCGACCACCCCACAGUUCAGUUCGAGUUCCGCGAGAUUCGCGAGACCAUCAAGCGUGAGAUCGCCGCCAAGAACAGCACCAGCUACCUCGACUUCUUCCGCACCCCCGGCAACAAGUACCGCUUCAUGAUGCUCAUCUCGCUCGGUCUCUUCUCCCAGUGGUCUGGCAACGCCAUCAUCUCCAACUAUACCAACAUCUUGUACACCAAUGCCGGCAUUGAGAGCUCUACCUCUAGGCUUGGCCUCUCUGCCGGCCAGACUGGGCUCUCACUGAUCGUCUCCGUGACCCUGGCCAUGCAAGUCGACCGCUUCGGCCGCCGCCCCAUCUUCCUCGCCUCCACGGCCGGUAUGCUCAUGACCUUCGUCUUCUGGACACUCUCCGACGGUCUUUUCGAAGAGUACGGCUCCCCCGGCUCCAACUACGCCAUGAUCUUCUUUAUCUGGCUGUUCGGUUUCUUCUACUCCUUCGCUUGGUCAGGCCUACUCAUCAGUUACUCCAUUGAGAUCCUGCCCUACAAGCUGCGUGCUAAGGGUCUCAUGAUCGUCAACCUGACCGUUCAGGCCGCCCUGACCCUCAACAACUACGCCAACCCCUACGCGUUCGAAUAUUUCAAGGGCCACACAUGGAAACUCUACCUCAUUUACACUUGCUGGAUCUUCCUCGAGCUCACCUUCGUCUACUUCUUCUACAUCGAGACAAAGGGUCCCACCCUUGAGGAGCUCGUCAAGGUCAUCGACGGCCCCGACGCUGAGGUCGCCGACCUCGAUCUCGCCCAGGUCGAGCAGGAGGUCAAGAUUGGCCACGAGGCCGAGGAAUUGGAGCACAAACGCGGUUGA